AUGUUUUCUCACACCAAAGCCAAUCAACUCAUCUUCACAAGCUACAUUUUGCCCUAAAUUGUUCUUUCACAAUCAAUCCAAGCCCUUCUCGCUUGCUUCAAGCUAGAGAUCAAUCUUCCGGUGAAGUGUCCGACGUGAUCAAGCCUUUAGAGAAACCCUUUGAAAAGUUGAAGACGAUCCACAGUCGGGCAUAUCAUGGAGAGGGUGUCGCGAAUGGUGUCUGAGAGGCCGGUGGUGAUAUUCAGCAGGAGCACAUGCGGCAUGUGCCACACAGUGCAGGCGCUGUUCACCGACUUUGGGGUCCACCCUGCAGUCCACGAGCUGGAUGAGAUCCCCAGGGGCCGGGAGAUCGAGCAGGCCCUGUCAAGGCUAGGGUGCAGCCCCUCCGUGCCGGCGGUGUUCAUUGGCGGGGAACUGGUGGGCGGAGUCAGCGAGGUCAUGAGCCUCCACCUCAAUCGCUCCCUGAUCCCAUUGCUCAAGAAUGUCGGCGCUUUAUGGGUUUAAACGACUUGAGUAUGCGUGACCCAUCCAAAAACAGAUCUAGUAAUAAGUGUAUGCGUGUUUUUAUGUACCAUACACAUAACUUUUGGGAUCACUUAUUAGGGUUUAUUCGGAUGAGUGCGCAUUAUAUGGUAUACGUAUGUCAUAGUUCUCCGAAGAACGCUACAUAGAAUGUGUUACCAGACGUGUAAGCCGUACGGUUUUUGUAGCCAUGAGCACGGUUUUAAUGAAGUUAAUGUCAUGAUUUCCUAUAUAAGGUACUAAAA